GAGAGAGACAUGGUGGGUUCAACGUGGAAUCCUUCGGAGAUAAUGAGGAUCAUGUUGGUGGUCGGACAGUUACUACUAAUGUUGGCGUCGUCAUCGUCAUCUCAAACUGUAUCUUCCAACUGUCAAGAAACUUGCGGCGGCGUCACCGUGCCUUACCCCUUCGGCAUCAGAGAGGGCUGCUUCUUGAACGAGUACUUCUCCAUCCGCUGCAAUGUCACCCCGCCCGCCUCCGCCCCCAAGCCCUACUUAUGGAACUCCAACAUUGAAGCCCUCGACAUAUCGCUCGACGGCGAACUCCGCAUCCACACUUACAUUGGCAAGGACUGCUACACCGAGUCUGGGGUGCGGCUGCCGUGCUCGACCGCCUUCAUAAGGCUCGCGGCGUUCGCUUUCUCCAGCACCAAGAACAAGUUCACGGCCAUUGGGUGCGACACGUUCGGCAUGAUUGAGGGAGCCAACGGCCGGGGCUUCUUGGGCGGCUGCCUCUCGGUGUGCACCGGGAUGGAGGACGUGAAAGACGGGGCGUGCAAUGGGAUCGGGUGUUGCCAGACCUCGAUACCCGACAUGCUCCUCAAAUCCAACGCCAGCGUGGGCAGCUGGAACAACCACACCAACGUGUGGAGCUUCAGUCCCUGCAGUUACGCAUUCAUAGUCGAAGAGAAGUCGUUCACAUUCAGUAGGGAGGAUCUGAGUGGCAUGAGGAACAGGACGCUGGUCCCCUCGGUGCUCGACUGGGCCGUUUGGAAUGAGAGUUGCGCCGAGGCAGCGAAGGAUCCAGCGACCUUCGCCUGUAAGGAGCACAGCGAGUGCUUCGACUUCCCUGACGUGCCCGGCUACCGAUGCAAUUGCUCUUCUGGGUAUGAGGGGAACCCAUACCUUGGUUGUGUAGAUAUUGAUGAAUGUGUGGAUCCAGAGAAAAACCCGUGUAAGGGAAUUUGCCAUAACGUUGAGGGGAGUUAUACAUGCUCAUGCCCAAAGGGUUAUCAUGGUGAUGGCAAGAAGGGUGAAGAUGCACAAGGAUGCAUCGCUGAUAGUAAAUCAUCACAUUUGCUGGUGAUUUUGGUGGGUGUUGGUGUGGGCAUAGUAGUGCUGUUAUUCAGUGCAGGCUUUGUGUACUUGGGACUCAAGAAAAGGAAACUCAUCGGGCUCAAAGAACAAUACUUCAAGCAAAAUGGGGGCUUGCUUUUGCAGCGACAAUUACAUGAACGUGACCCUAGCACAAAUGCCACGAAGGUCUUCAGCGUUGAAGACCUAGAGAAGGCCACCGAGCAUUUUGACCGGAGUAGAAUAGUUGGCCGAGGAGGAUUCGGCACCGUUUACAAAGGGAUCUUGCCAAAUAACAUGGUAGUUGCGAUUAAGAAGUCCAAGCUUGUGGAUGAGAGCCAAACCGAGCGGUUCGUUAAUGAGAUCAUAGGGCUUUCCCAGAUUAAUCAUCGAAAUGUGGUCAAGCUAUUGGGGUGUUGUUUGGAAACAGAAGUGCCUCUGUUGGUGUACAAGUUCGUAAACAAUGGGACUCUCUUCGAUCACAUCCACAGCCCAAGCAAGUCCUCCGAGUUGUCCUGGGAGAUCCGGUUGAGAAUCGCCACGGAAAGUGCGGGAGUCCUAUCGUACUUGCACUCCACAGCUUCCAUCCCCAUAAUCCAUCGAGACGUCAAGUCAACCAACAUCCUCUUGGAUGCUAAUUACACUGCCAAAGUCACCGACUUCGGAGCUUCACGAUUAGUCCCGCUCGAUCAAGACGAAUUGUCUACUAUGGUUCGGGGAACAUUUGGAUACUUAGACCCCGAAUACCUGCACAAUAGCCAGUUGACGGAAAAAAGUGAUGUUUAUAGCUUCGGGGUUGUCGCGACACUAGUCGAGCUGUUGACAGGGAAGAAGGCGUUCUCCUUCGAUCGACCUGAAGAAGAGAGGUGCUUGGCCAUGUACUUUCUUUUGGCGUUGAAAGAAGACCGACCGUUUCAGAUUGUUGUGGAGCUCAUUGCAAACGAGGACAAUGAGCAAGUGAGGAAAGUUGCAAAUCUUGCAAAUAGGUGCCCGAGAUUAAAAGGCGAGGAGAGGCCGACCAUGAAGGAAGUGGCAAUUGAAUUGGAUGCAAUUAGAGCAAUGGCUAACGAUCCAUGGGUUAUCAAGUAGAAUCCAGAAGAGACGGUUCAUUUGCUCAAAGAGAUGACCGACUCCAUUGUUUAUGCAAAUAGUGCAGGGACAAUGAACACAGGGUAUACUGAUAGUAUGAAAAACCAUGUCAUACCCCCAGUUAGUAGUGGCAGAUGCGAAGAUUGUACAAAAUUAUUCCUUUGACAUUCACAUUAUUCAUUUUUUUGUAAAUCAGUAGCAUUGUAAGCCAAUAGUAAAAGGUACUUAUCUUUCUGGUGUUCCAUGGAACUCUCUCUUUCCCUUUCUGCUGAAUAAACAGAACAUAGGGAGGGUAUAAUACACACGGGCUUUAGUUGGGUUUCCCUUAUGUUUAAUGUACUAAGUCAGGAGUUGGUUCGUGUUUUCAGAUACUGACAGACACUAAU